UGCAGACUUAAACUUCAUGCAGACAAGAGAACAGUUUCAGUUUGCCACAUGUGGACCUACUGCUAUAUACACAGCCUUUUUUUUAAAUCAUCAUCAUCAUUAUCAUCAUCCUCAUCAUCAUCACCAUCAUCAUCAUCAUCAUCAUCAUCAUCAUCAUCAUCAUCAUCAUUGUAAAUCUAUAUCAUUUUUGUCACUUGUAAAAUUGGACCAUGCUGUACCUUACUCAGCUAAUCGGCAUGUUCCUUCUCACACUCCUAAAUGGUGCACAAUCGGACAAUUGCUCUGACCUUGUCCUGGACCCUCCUGAGCUGGUGGUACGAUAUGGAGAUCCUGUCUCAGUGAGCUGCCGUUCCCUGUCCAAUGACACUGAUGUGGACUGGAGUGUUCCAACGGGAAAAGUUUUCAGUCAUGAUACUCAGACCAUCACCUGGAAAACAGACAAUCUGACUGACUGGGAAAUACAACCUGUGUGCUACAAGAACCAGACAGAUGUACAAUGCAGCAGAACGCUCCCACUUACUGUUUACAAGCUUCCAGACCAGGUGUUCAUCAGCAUCAUGAAUCACUCUGGGCCAAUGACUGAAGGCAGAGAGUACAAUCUCAAAUGUGACAUUCACACUGUUGCUCCGAUUCAUCUCCUCAAUGUGACCUGGUACAAAGGACUCCAUAUGGUGAAUAGCAGUAGCUUUAAUGACAAAUUAAACAAGAGUCCAGAGACUAUAUCCACCAUGCUACAGAUCUUCCCCAGCAGAGAUGAUGAUGGAGUUCAGUACAGAUGUGAGGCAACGCUUAAUCUGGGACAGGAAUUUCAGACUUCCAAUACAGUGAAAUCAGAUAAUCUGAGCAUUACAAUAACCUCAAAACCUAAAAAUUGCUCUGACCUUGUCCUGGACCCUCCUGAGCUGGCGGUACGAUAUGGAGAUCCUGUCUCAGUGAGCUGCCGUUCCCUGUCCAACGACACUGAUGUGGACUGGAGUGUUCCAACGGGAAAUGUUUUCAGUCAUGAUACUCAGACCAUCACCUGGGAAACAGACAAUCUGACUGACUGGGAAAUACAACCUGUGUGCUACAAGAACCAGACAGAUGUACAAUGCGAAAGAUCUCUUAAAAUCAUUGUUUACAAGAUUCCAGAAAAAGUGUCUAUCAGCUUCGUGAAUCAUAUUGGGCCACUGACUGCAGGCAAAAAAUAUGAGCUCCAAUGUGACAUUGAGAAUUUUGCUCCUGUGCAUGUCCUGGCUGUUUCCUGGUACAAAGGGGACCACUUACUGAAAAACAGGGGAUUCUCAGACUUGCCCACCAAAACUCCUAGUAAUAAGACUGUUACACUGAAGGUCACGGCCAACAGAACUGACUCUGAUGCUCCUUACCGAUGUGAGGCAAGGUUGAAGCUGGGAACAGCAGGACCUCAGCCUCCUCCUAUAGUGACUUCAAAUCUUCUCCCCACUGAAGUUUACUACAAACCUGUAAUAACUUGCUCAGAUUGGUCUGCUUUGGUUAAUACUACAUUGAACUCAUUUCAUUAUAAUGUUGUGGGAAAACCAUCGCCAGUCAUCACCUGGUAUCGAAACCAAUCACUGGUGAGCUCUGAUAUGCGUCUCAGCAGGAGUGACACGGGCCAGUAUAGAUUCAUUGCCUCUAAUAAGAUGGGGAGUUCAAGCUGUGACACAAAGAUCACUGUGGAGUAUCCUCCUACGUUUAACUGUCCUGAUACUUAUAACGGGAAAGAGAACGAAUCCUUCUCAGGCCAAUGUUUAGUUAUGGCUUCUCCUCUAGCGAUCAUUACUUGGACAAAAGAUGGAAUGAUAGUGAACCCUCUUCAUAAUCUUACAAAAGGAGAUAGCGGCUCAUAUGUGAUCACAGCCGUGAACAAGCACGGAGUUGAAAAACACUGUCUGACCAUUGUUCUGGAUGAUUGUCCCAUUACAAUUCAGCCUGCUAAACUAGUGGUGGAGUUUGGUACUUUUGCCACAGCUAACUGUUCCACAACCAUCACCCAUAAAGGAAUGGGUUGGGAGGCAUUGAGUGGAGCAGUGGCACUAACAAGAGACGUUCAGUUCCUUAUCUGGAGGGUAGAGAGUCUGAAACACUGGGACACACAGCCAAUAUGCUACAUCAAUGCACAAGAGCAGUGCCAAUCCAAGCUCCCAGUUACUCUUUACAAACGUCCAGAGCAGGUGUUGAUCAGCACCAUGAAUCACACAGGGCCAAUGAUUGAGGGCAAACAGUACAAUCUCGAGUGUUAUGUUCAGAAUGUUGCUCCUGUUAAUCUCCUCAUUGUCAACUGGUACAAAGGACAACCAGGACAGCUAGUGAAAAGUGUACAAUUUAAUAACAAUUCCUCCAAAACACCAGUAAACCGUUCUACUGAAAUCAGCAUCUCGACCAGCAAAGAUGAUGAUGGAGUUCAGUACAGAUGUGAGGCAAAGCUGGAACUAGGGCCAGAAGGGCCUCAACCUCCUCCUAUAAAGACAUCAGAUCCUCUUAACAUUACAGUGCACUACAAACCUGUAAUAACGUGCUCAGAUUGGUCUGCUUUGGUUAAUACUCCCUUGAGCUCAUAUCCUUAUAAUGUUAUGGGAAAACCAGAACCAAACAUCACCUGUUAUCGAGAACAAUCACCAGUCAGCUCUGAUAUGCGUCUCAGCAUGGGUGACACCGGCCAUUAUAGAUUCAUUGCCUCUAAUGAGGUGGGAAGUUCAAGCUGUCAGACAAAGAUCACUGUGGAGUAUUCUCCUACGUUUAACUGUCCUGAUAAUUAUACAGGAAAAGAGUAUGAAUCCUUCUUAGACAAAUGUUCAGUUAUGGCUUCUCCUGUAGCGACCAUUAUUUGGACAAAAGAUGGAAAAACAGUGAGCCCUCUUCAUAGUCUAACAAAAGGAGAUAGCGGCUCAUAUGUGAUCACAGCCGUGAACAAGCAUGGAGUUAAACAACACAGGAUGAUUGUUAAUGUUCAGUACAAACCUGUAAUAACGUGCUCAGAUUGGUCUGCUUUGGUUAAUACUCCCUUGAGCUCAUAUCCUUAUAAUGUUAUGGGAAAACCAGAGCCAAACAUCACCUGGUAUCAAGAACAAUCACCUGUCAGCUCCGAUAUCCCUCUCAGCAGGAGUGACACGGGCCAUUAUAGAUUCAUUGCCUCUAAUGAGGUGGGAAGUUCAAGCUGUCACACAAAUAUCACUGUGGAGUAUUCUCCUACAUUUAACUGUCCUCAUAGUUAUACUGGGAAAGAGUAUGAAUCCUUCUUAGACAAAUGUUCAGUUAUGGCUUCUCCUGUAGCGACCAUUACUUGGACAAAAGAUGGGGAAACAGUGAGCCCUCUUCAUAGUCUUACAAGAGGAGAUAGCGGCUCAUAUGUGAUCACAGCCGUGAACAAGCACGGAGAUAAACGACACAGGAUGAUCGUUAAUGUUCAGUAUGGUCCAGAAAUUCAGCCAGUCACACCCUCAGAAGUGGUGAAAGCAGGCAAUGACUUGUCUCUGAGCUGCACUGCAGAAGGAAAUCCAGAGCCUCAAGUGAGAUGGAGCUUUCAAAACCAAACUAAGGCCACUGGGAGGCGGCAGGCAAUUCUAAACCUUUCUAAAACCAAGUCUGCUGAUGCUGGUGAAUAUUUGUGCACUGCUUCUAAUGAACUUGGGAGCAAAACAAGGACAGUCUCACUGACAGUAGAAGAAAGCAACAUGCGGACAAUAAUAAUCUGUGUUGGGGUUCUAUUACUGAUUUUAAUCCUUAUUGCAUAUGGAAUUCACAUUUUUGUCAAGCGCAAACGAUCUGGAAGGUACACCAUACAGACUAAUGGUGAUGUCUCUAUGUCACUAUUGAAGUAGAAUGAUGGAAAAGGUGUGACAACCAACACAGAAAAUAACUAAAAUGACUUAUGAUGAUUUUAGAAAUAAAUAAUCAUUUGCUUUGUGUCAGGUUUUAUUAGAAUGUUUUCUAGAUUGCGAACAGGUGUGGCAGUAAUCAGGUCUUGGUGUGGCUAGAAAAAUUUACCUCAGGUGUGAUAAACCACAUUUAAGGUAUGUUUUAACAGGGAGGGCAAACACUUUUUCACAACAUGUGGGUUUGAAUUUAGUUUUCCCUUAGCAGUGUUGUAUAAAGUGGUAGAAAGCAAAACUUGAGUAAAAGUACAAGUAUCGUACUAGAAAAAGACUUUGGUAGAAGUGAAAGUUACCUUUUAGAAUAUUACUCAAGUAAAAGUCUUAAAGUAUCUGAUAUAUACUGUACUUAAGUAUCAAAAGUAAUUUUCUGAUAUUUAAUGUACUUAUGUAUUUGAAGUAAAAGUAAAAAGUAAACAUUCAGUAAUUUUCGGUAUGCAUAAGAGGCACUUCAUCCGGUAGGAAGAAUCUUUCAUUCCAAUGUACAGAAACAUUUCUUGCAAAUGGGGUGGCCAGGGAGUGGCCAAGGCAACUUUAGGGGGUCCACAGACUAUGACACAAAUUACCCUAAAAAGGAGCAUGGAUGAAUCUCAUAAUUGCUCAUUAGAGGUAGAAUAUAUUUCUCAUAAUCUAUUUUAUAAUUUAUAAUAUAUUAUGUUAUAAUUUUAUCUUGUGUAUGUCAAACAUAAAUCAACACCAAAUUACAUUUUUAUGUAAAGCCUAAACUGAUGAAACCAUCUAUAACAAGCUAAACUUAAAUUCUGAACUGGACAUGUUACUGACUAACUGACUGACUGCGUGGGUUUUCAAACCUGUUGGUGGCUCUUGUGAAGUCUGAUUGCUAGCAUCAGGCAGGAAGCUGCUCUGGGGUACUGUGGUGAUGCAGGGGCUGGGGGCUAGCUGUGGUCUGUUUGCACCUGAUCUGUAUGUGUUUGCUUCUUUAAAAAGAAGCCUGAUAUCUCUGCCUUUCUUUUAAUUUUUUAUUGACCCAAUGUAAAAAUAUGACACAUGGAUAUAAUACAUUUAAGCAUCAAGUACAGAUUUUCUUUUUAAUUCAAACUCAAGUUUAACUACUGCACUGUAUACAUGUAUAAGUAGCACAAAUGUCAACGUAAUGUAUAUUAUGGCUAAACUGGGGAACGAACCGAUCUCUCUUGUCUAAUUAAUCUGUUAAUAGCGUCUAACGUCAAUUUAUAUAGCGACGUAACCUUCGAAAUAUUUUUCUGGAAAACUAAAUCCUGACGUUUAAUCUCAAAACUUACUGAAAUUUGAUGUUUUAGUAUUAGUCUGUUACUUUAUUCUUCUCUAACUCUCAACUCUUUCUUGUCAUUGAUUGAUGGAUUUGAAAUGUUGAGCGGCUCCGCAACCAAACGUCAAACGAAGACUUCUUUUGAUAGGUGAAAUGAGAUGUCAAUCAGCACCAAACGUCCAAUGUCAGGGGUGUUCAGUGCCACCCCGGACACCCCUCUGGCUCCGCCACUGCUCCUUUGGCAACAUUACGCUGAAAUAGAGCGUGCGGAGCUGCAUAAUGCAAUCUAGGAGCAGUGAUUGGCCAAACCUCCCUUAUUGCGGUCGCACACAUUUCUUCUGAUUUUAUUUUGCAGUAGCUAACAAGUAACAAAGAUGCACACUGGAAAUAAAGCGGAGUAAAAGUGAAAUUGACAUAAAUUUAAAUAGCGAAGUAAAGUACAGAUAGGUGAAAUGUUUACUUAAAUACAGUAACGAAGUAUUUGUACUCCGUUACAUUACAAAACUGUCCCUUUAGUAAUAAAAACCUUCAUUUAAAAACUGCAUGUUGUGUUUACUUGUGUUAACUUUGACUAAUAUUUAAAUUUGCUUGAUGAUCUGAAACAUUAAAUUGUGACAAACGUGCAAAAAAAAAAAAAUCAAGACACUUUUUCACACCACUGUAUGUAUUUGUAUAUAUAUGUAUUUGUACAAAUGUGGAUACAAACUCAAGAAAUGACACAUCUCAAUGUCUAAUAAAAGCACAAAUAAUCAUGCAUUCGCUUGAGUUAAAUCAAAUGACAGCCUUUUGUGUAACAGCAGAACUUUGAAAGUAUUUUAAUGAUAUUAGUUGUGAAUAAAUUGUGCUUUAAAAAAUUGUGAAAUCUUGUGUUUAUUAAAGUGUGACAAUGGAGAUCACUAA